CUUUGGUUAUUGUACUUCGUUUGGUGGAUGGGGAGAAAAAACCACCAAUGGGAUACAUUUAUGAAGCCAUGGAUAGGGCUAAAGAAGCUAUUGAGAAGGCAUUUGAUCAUGAUAGGAGGAAAUAUGAGAGAGUGUUUGAAAUCAUUGAUAAAAGGUGGGAUGAUUAGCUUCAUCAACCUUUACAUGCAGCAGGGCAUAUUUUGAACCCCAGAUUGUUUUACACAAACAAUGAGAACAAGACUUUAGAUUUAAACGUUUGGAAGGGGUAUCAUGCAUGUGUUGCAAAGUUGGUGCCAGAUGAAGCGAUGCAAGACAAAAUAGGGCAAGAGCUUGGUGUGUAUAUGCAGCUGAUGGAAUUCUUGGAUUAGCUUUGGCCAUUAGAGGCAGAACCAAAUUGGCACCACGUGAGCAACUUUUUUCAAUUGUUUUACUCUUUAGAGCUUUAACUUUCAAGUUAUUAACUUCUAAAAUAAUACUUCUACAGUUGAAUGGUGGAUGCAAUUUGGUUAUGAAGUUCCAAACUUGCAACAAUUUGCUAUUAGAGUUCAAAGCUUAACUUGUAGCUCAUCCGGAUGCGAGAGAAAUUGGAGUGUUUAUGAACAUAUUCAUACUAAGAAGAGGAACAGGCUUGAGCUAAAGAAACUCAAUGAUCUUGUGUUCAUAAAAUAUAAUAGAACAUUGGCUCGUCGUUACAAAGCUCGCAAUAUCAUUGAUCCAAUUUUAUUGGAUAACAUUGAUGAAGCAAAUGAAUGGUUAACCGGAGGCACCAAAAAUCAUGAAGAAGAAGUGUUUGAAGGAGAAGGUCUCACUUUUGGUCAUGUUGCUAUGGCAAGUGGAGUUGAAGAGAAUGUUUAUGGUUUUAGGGGAAGUACUUUAAGGAGCAGAGAAAGAGUAUCUACAAGUAUAAGUACAUGUACAAGUAGAACCCUAAUUAAUGAAGCCUCCGAUGAAGAAGAAGAUGAUGAUGACCAAUAUAAUAACUCGAACAUGAUGACACUUCAAGAGUUUGGAGAUCUUGUUGAAAAAUAGGAUGUUGCUCCUUUUGUGAUUUUGUUUUGCAUUUGCUUAAUAUGUUAUGACUUUUUAGGAUUAUUCACUAUCUAGUUUUAGUAUCUAUUAUUUGCUUCUUGAUUCAUGAAUUCAAACAUUUGCUUAAUAUGUUAUUUUUAAUGAG